GUUUGAGUGAGGUCACACUGGACAAAGCGAGCGAGUGGACUGGGAGUGGUUCUGGCUCCUCAGACUGGACCAGCGCUCCCGAACCAGUACACAAUCCCCAGAGCCAGAGCUCGCGCUGCGGUUCGAUCAGGAUAUUGUUGAUUAUUGAUUAGGACUGAAGGAGGAUCAGAUUAAAGAGAGGAAUGAGGAGAUCGGACCGGAUCUGAGUGAUAAUCGGAACCGCGCUGCUGGAUGGCCGGUACUGGGCUCAGUUCUGCUGCUGCUGCUGUGUGCUGAUUGAAGAGGACGUCCUGCUGUUUUUGUCCUGAUCUCUCUCUGCUGCUGUUGAGGAUCAUCAUGCUGGAGCUGCUGUUUGCAGCGCUGCUGGUCCUCCCGUCUCUCGGUCUGAAGGUGCACGUCCCGGACUCUCCAGUGGUGGCGCUGUUUGGUACGGAUAUGGUGCUGAACUGCAGUUUCUCGGGGGUGAACUCCUUUAACCAAUCACAGCUCAGUGUGUUCUGGCAGCUGGCGGAUACGCAGCGGAGCGUCCACUCCUACUGGGAGGGGCGGGACCAGCUGACAGAUCGAGACGAGCGAUUCGCUAACAGGACGACUCUGUUCUCGGAUCAGCUGGUGUUGGGUAACGCCUCCCUGCUGCUGAGGACCGUGAGGGUGGCUGACGAGGGAACCUACACCUGCUUCGUCCGGGUGGAGGCGUACGACAAGGCCUCCAUCGCCAUGCAGGUCGCAGCUCCAUACUCUAAGCCCUUGGUGACGUGGGAAGCUGAUAACCCGAAGCCGGGAGACGUGGUUGAGCUGACCUGCCUGGCGUUCGGCGGGUACCCGGAGGCGGACGUUCUGUGGCAGGACGGCAGCGGGAACAAUCUGACCGAGAACGUCACGGUGUCUCCGGUCGCCAACGAGCAGGGCCUGUUCACCAUCCAGAGCGUCCUGACCGUCAUCCUGGAGCCCAGCAACACCUACAGCUGCAGACUGACCAAUCCGCUGCUGGGAGACGAGGGAAACGCCUCCGUCACCAUCACAGCUCAGGGUUCUUCGUUCCCGCCGGUGGCGCUGUGGGUGACGGUGGGGUUGGCGGUGUGUCUGCUGGUCCUGUUGGUGGCGCUGGCUGCUGUCUGCCACCGGAAGAUCAAAGAAAGCUGUGAGGAGAUAAGAGCAGAACAAGAGGCGAAGGAACUUGAAGAAGCCAAAGAACUAGAAGAAGCAAAGUCAGCCACGACUCCUCUGAAGAGCUAAAGAAGAAGAACACGGGUGAAUCCAGGCAUGAAGGAAGGUGUCGCACGUUAACCCCCUGGAACACCACGGCGACACUCACCGGGAGGAACAUUGGAUUCCAGUGAAUAAACACGGACCGAUACGCUCACGGUUUUAUUGUUACGGGGAAUUUCAGAGUUCCUGAUGCCUGUGCCUUUACUAUGUGCUGUCAGAGAUAUUAAAUACAUUGAAUUUCAUUAAAUCAAACACAUCAUACUCAAUCUUCAUCAAUAGACUCAACAUAAAAUACCCUAAAUUGAAUUAUUUCCUUAACCCUUUAAAAAUCUGCUCAACUCGUCACUUUGGGUUGCGUUGCAUUGGGUUGGGUUGGGUUGGUUUUUUGCACAGAAAUUAAGGCCUAAUCCCAUUUCUCUACUGUACCCUACACUUUGUUUUUGAGUGUAACCUUUUUCUACUUUGGAAUAGAGUUAAAUACAAUGGAAAUGAGUGAAAUCUUCCACCCUCCACCCUAAUAAAAUAUUUCAAGAACUCGAUACAGAUAUAUAACUAUAAUAGAAAAGCGUUAAAGUUCAGUAUUCUAAUGGUUGCUAAUGCUAAUCCUAAUGGUUUUAUUUUAUUUCAUUUUCUAUUCCACCUUAAAUUAAAAUUUAAGGUGGGAUGGAAAAGUUAGCUAGCUAGCUACCUACUGAGACAAACUCCUAGCAGUAUUUGUUUUAAGCUUGUUAUGAAAAAAAUGGAAAUAAAACAUUGAAACUACACAUUAAACUCUGGUUAUUAUCAUUUUUUAAAAGGCUCUUGUGCUGCAACAUCGUGCCAGUGAUUCUGAUAGUGCUCUGUUUUAAAGCCAAGGGGUGAAAUGGGAUUGGGCCUUAAUCUAGUCCUAAACUAUAUUUCACUGUAUAGUCCAAGACUGGACCUAAUUCUUGUCCAAGAAACCAACCCUGAAUAAUAAAAAAAAAGUUUUAACUCAACUGAACCUAAUUUUUACAGACAUGUAACAAGGGCUCUCAGCACUAUCGUAUUUUUCGGACUAUAAGGCGCACCAGAUAAAAGUGCAAUAAAGUUUUAAGGAAGGAAGGCUGAUAUUAGCUAGUGGUUUAUACCACAUCGCUUGUUUUAGUACAGUAAACACACAGACUACAGUCUGAUAUACUCACCACUGUAUAGUGAAAAUGCUAAUACUUGCUAAUGCUGCUCCAGCAGUGCUAGCUUGGGUUAGCAGCAGUCUACAGUGUGAUAAUACUCACCUCUGAACAAUAAAAAAGAACUAGCGCUUAGCGCUGUAGUUAGCGGCUAAUGCUAAUGCUAAUACUGCUCCAGUCUGGGUGUUGGAGAACGUCACUGAAACUCCUGUAUAACUCUGUACUAUUCUGUACGAUUUUAGGUGCGCCUUAUAGUGCAAAAAAUACGGUAUAAUAUCCACAAUUUUAGUGGACAAAAUGGCUUUUCUUAUUUUAAUUAGGAAAUUAAUAAUAAAAUUGAAGUUUUAUGCAGGAUUUCUUAGAUUAUCAUUAGAUGUAAGAAGGAGGUUCUACUCUAGGAGGCUCUAACCCUGAUCCAGAACCGUUGCAGAUCUAGAACCAGAUCUGUAGCAGCUUUAAAAAAAAAGAUCUCGCCUAAAAACGCUGAUGCUGUAAAGACUGGAUGCUCAGGUACACUGCAUUUCUUACUGAACUAAUUAAAUUAACAUAACUUUAAUAUGACAGAUAUUUGGUCUUCACUUAUGCUGAUAAAGUCAAACUUACUCAAAAAAGAGUUUGUUGCCUUCUUGCAUUUUUUACCUGCUCUUUUAAAAAAGUGUUUGAUUUAAGUGUUUGAUUUAAGUUAGCGUAACUCAAUCUCAAUAAGUUGAUGCUGUUUGAUAGGAAAUUUUAAUAACUACAGCCUAUUUAUUUUUACUUUUAUAGUUAACAUUGAGUUAGAUUAACUUGAUUUGAUGGAGUUAAAAACAAUAAAUUAAGUAAAAUCAGUGAAUUUAAGUUAAGCAUUAAGGUGAAAUGUUUUUUUAAGAAUUACAGUUUUGUUUACUUAGCUUAGCUUAGCUUAGCUAAUUUAUAAAGAAAACAUGGCAACACCCCUGUUCCAUUUAACUCCACACAGUAUUAAAAUUAAGUUUUAAAAUACUUAAAUAAACUAACAAUUACACUGUGAGCAGGGUUAGCACACUUCAGUCACUUCAGUUACUCAAUUCUAUAUAACAAUAAUUAAGUGUUUUAAUCACACUCAUAAAAAAUGCUUAAAUGUUUUAAGGCAACCUGUUUCCUGAAAUGGUUAGAGUUUAUUUAACUCGUCAGGUUUUUUCAGUGUAGCGUCGUGCUGAAUAUUCAGAGCCGGCGUUUCUGCUCUCGCCAGUUCAGCUUCUCUUGGUUCCCGUCGUCAGUCUGCUCUCCUGAUUUAUAUUCUGAACGCUGUUCCUCUGCCUGUUCUAAACAGUCCGGACAGAAAUAGCCCCGGCGUUGGGCUGCCGGCAGCAGUAGCAGCAGCAGCAGCGCUCGCCUGCGCCCCCGUCACCGCGAGGCAAGCGGCCGAACGGCACGGCGGCGCCGGCCGGUAAUUGUAUGCAGAGUGUGCUAAACACAGGCUGGGGUUUGAAGACCAUUGGCUCUGACAAGCUUCCAGCUUCCACCGACUGACACCGCCGACUGCGGUCCGUCCGGCACUCGAGCCGAGCCGGCGUCACGGAUCAGACCCUAAUAGAAAGUGAAGAGCUUAAGAGAGGACUCGGCGAAGAAGCAGCCGUCAGUGUCUGCAGCGAAGAGCGAAGACGAGGGGAGGCUCGCUCUUUCCUUCUCUCUCUCUGUCUAUUUCUCUCUCGUUUUCCCUCGUUCUCUCUCUUUCUCUCUCUCUCUCUCUUUCUCUCUCUCUCUCUCUCUCUCUCUCUCUCCGGCGGUGAGCGCCGGCCCGGAAUAAUUAAGGCCUGCCCCUGAACUAACUUGUACCUGUCAGCGUCCGCCGACUCCCCAGAAAUCCAAUAACUUUGGGGCGAAAUUUCAAUUGAACGCCAGCUAAGCUCCAACAAACUGCAAAUGCUGCAUAAGACACGCCCCCUGUUUCCUGUGUCUCUCCGGUCCUGACAGUAUUACGGUUAGAAAUGGUUUUAAUGAACGUUGAGUUAAAGUGGAGAACCAGGGAACCGAGGAACCGAGGGACCUGUGGGACUUCUGGGUGGAAGUCUGGAAGUCUUGCAGAUCCUACAACACAUUAAAAGCAGCGACAGAUCCAAACCUCCGAACACCAAAGACGGGAUCAACAGGGUGGCAAUGGGGCGAUGGCAUGGAGGCGAGGCAAGUUUACAUAAAGAUUUAACCCUCAAUGUUUAAAAUCCUUUAAUUAUCCAAAAAGUCGUCAGUGCUCAUUAUAAUACAGUGCGCCUUAAAGCAAAGAAAUAUAGUAUAAGAAAUAAAUUUAAGACAUAAUACAGAAAAACUUAGACUAAUUAACUAAAAUUAAUGAAAUCUAAGAAACAACACAAGAAAUAAAGUACUAACAAUGUGCAAAGAAGAGCAAGUUACCAAAAAAUGUCAGUGUCCGAAAGCAGCAAAAUGGGCGUGUAAUUAGAGAUCUUUUAAAGACAGGUAGAAGUUCAUUUUAGAGUCUCCUAGUAGAACUUUUUUUCUGGAGAUUUCAAAGCUCCAGCAAACUGCAAAUGGUACAUGGGGUGGAAUACAGUAUUAUUAACUGGGAUCUUGUGUUUUUAGCCAUUUAUUAUUAUUUUUUUUACAUGUUUAAUUGUUUAAAAUAAUUGAAAGUAAAGGUUUUUUGUCUUGUAGCAUUGGAAACCAUGCAGAUCUUAAAGCAGAGCCAACCCCUAAAAAAUCUGCAUCUAAAAGUAGAAAAUUUCUUUUAAAGACAGGUAGAAGUUACGAUUAGUCUCCUAUUAGAACUCAAAUCUCCAGCAAACUGCAUUAAGCUCUCUGUUCCUGACAGCAUUAUGGUUAGAAAUGGUUAAAUUAAACACUGAGUGAAAUUGGGGAACCAGGGAACUGAGGGACUUCAGGAUAGAAUAUAGUAUUAUAAACUGGGAUCUUGUGUGUUUUUAGCUUUUUUUUAUUCUAUUUUUUACAUUUUUAAUUUUUUAAAUCAUUGCUUGUGGUACUCAGAGUAUGUUCUGUGCCAGUUGAGUUGUGUCAGAUGUGUUUCAAGAAUCCAAGAAUGGAAGAAUCCUGCCAGUCGUUUUCUUUGUAAACAUGCAUUAAACCAUGAAUUUGCCAAUAAA